AGUGACGCAAAAUAUACAUAUUUCAUAUGUAUAAGGGUAUUGCGUCAUUUGGGGGCUGCCAUCCUCCGUGAUAAACAUCCUUUCAUUUUUAUUCAUUUUUAUUUUAAUCUGAGUGUAAUACAUAGUCGUUUAGAUGUUGGCCACACGAAAUCAUGUGAUUUUGAAACAGUUUCACUAUGCGGAUGGAAAGAAGAUACAGAAAAUGACUUUCAUUGGAUGCAACGAAAUGGAUGGAAUUCGUACGAAAAACUUGAGAGUGGGCCUAAGCAUGAUCAUACGAAAGGCAAACCUUUGGAAGGUCAUUAUUUAAUAGCCGAAGCAACUAAUUCCCAUCCAUCACAAAGAUCUAGACUCUUCUCACCAGUUUAUAAUCAGAGCGACUCAGAAAAUGCGUGUUUUCGCUUCUUUUAUUAUAUGUAUGGACAAAAUGUUGGCCGACUUCGAAUCAUUAUUAAAUCUGUAGUAGAUAAAAUGGACAAAGUAGUGGAUAAUCAAAAGUACAUUUUUUUCGAAAAAGAAGGUUCACAAGGAAAUCAAUGGAUUGUAGGAGAUAUACCAGUCGAGCCGACUAACGCUGACUUUCAGAUCAUGAUUGAAGUAACUGGGAGCAAAGGUGUCAUCAGCGAUAUUGCCAUAGAUGAUGUGGCUUUAAUGAAAGACAGUGAUUGCUUGAAUAAUAUACAGUCAGAAGCGACUACGGAAACUGAUGAAAUCUUUGAUAUACAAUCUUGUGAGAAUCGUUGUAUGGAAACAGGAUCUGUUCGAGAAAAUACUAAUGGAACAUUUUACAGAAAUGGCCACCUCAUUGAAAAAUGUGACUGUCACCAAGAGUGCAUUAUACUCAAUACUUGCUGUUUUGAUUUUAUCACAAAAUGUGUUGAAGAUUUGACCAUAGCAACUAUGGACGAAAUUAAUACAACGGAAGUGAGUAUAACGGAAGCGACAACGCCACGAUCUAUCUCAACUUCCAGAGAUGUGGAGGCAACGCUCCCAGAUAUUCACACGCGUUUAGUCAAAGAUACAAGCUCAACACCAAAUACCAAGACAACAAAUCCAGAAAAUGCCUCAUUGAGAACAUCGAAUAUUACAAGCACUAAAAUGGUUACAACUGUGACUACACAAAAAAUAAUCGUAACAACGACAUUCUCCCCUAACAGAGGUUCCAUUGUAACACAAUCAACUAGCAUUCCUUUAAUAUCAAAUCCAAAAAAUACACACAUUUCAAAAUCGAUUAAUUUUCAAAAACACAAGCAAUUGCCAAAAACAAAAAUUGACCAAACCAUAUUAUACACACCAAGCUCUUCAAUUCUUGUAAUAACUUCAACAUCAACUGAUGCAACUUUGAGAGCAAUGCUUAUACCAGCCAAAAAACAAAAUUCACUCAGAGAUUUAACGUGGAUAUUUGCGUUAUUAUCGUUAAGUAUCCUAUUAAUAUUAACGACAAUUACAUGGAAAUAUUUAAGCGCAAACAGAUGGAAUAAUUAUAGCAGUCAUCAUGUUCAAUAUAAAUCAAAUUAUCAUUCAGAGGAUAACGAAGAAACGCUCGUUCGAAGUGGUGAUACUUCCAAUGAAAUAUUGAUUGAAAAUAAGAGUGAUUCAAAAGCUAAAAAAUAUUCGACCGAAAAAAUAAUAAGUCUUCCAAAUUUAACAAAAAUGGUUUCUGAUUGUUUAACGAAAAGAUGUGAUCAAUACAGCGAAAAACAACGCUUAACAGUUAACGAUGAGCAAUUUGACUUUUCCCUGCAAAUAAACUAUAUCAUAAUGGGACCAUGA